AAACACAAACUUAACGAAAGUUCCAACCUGUUCCGGUCACUAGCAGUAAGCCAUGGCAUCUAAAUUUGUCUCAAGAAGUUUGGUUAUAGUCUCCCUUCUAAUAUCUCUAGCCCUGCCACCCACUCUUGGAGGAAUAGAAUGUGAGAAUCUAAGCACAGAAACAUGUUCAUUUGCUGUUUCAUCUAACAGCAAAAGGUGUGUCCUCGAGAAACAUGUGAAAAGAUCAGGAGAAGAAGCAUACACAUGCAGAACAUCAGAGAUAGAAGCUGAUAAACUAAAAGAUCACAUCGAAAGCGACCAAUGUAUAAAAGCUUGUGACUUAGACAGAACGUCACUUGGAAUUUCAUCAGACUCACUUCUGGAAUCUCGUUUCACAGAGAAGCUAUGCUCUCCACAGUGUUACAAGAGUUGUCCAAAUAUUGUUGAUCUUUACUUCAAUCUUGCAGCUGGUGAAGGUGUGUUUCUUCCCAAGUUGUGUGAAGUGAAAGGUGGAUCAAAUGCUCGUCGUGGAAUGGCGGAAUUGAAAAGCUCGGGUUAUGUGGCACCAGGACCUGUGCAUCCAGUGGAGUUGGUUGCUUCAGCUCCACAGCCAAUAGGGGAUGUGGAGUUGGCAGAUGAACCUGUGGUUGCUCCAGCAUACCCACCAUACUAAAAAUAUGUGGAGUUUAAUUAAUUUUAAAGAAUAAAGAAAUUAAGAGUACUACUAUAUAUUGUUAGAAAAUCAAUACAAUCGAAUAGAAUCGAGGCUAGAAUCGUGUACGGAACACUUUCCUUAUAGUAUUUCAAGCACUCCCAAUUUGUCUUGGAGUUUCUACGCAGGAAUUCCCAGGAUAAUUCAGCCUUAUCGAGUUUGCGCAAGACCGGCGAAAACUCGAAUGUAGCGAAGAGUGCUCUGGAAUUAUUCUAAAGGAUUUGCAUUUUUUCUGAUUAAGAAUUCUGAAUCCAAAGUUAUGAUUUUAUAGGCCAUGUUGAUAUUGUUUCACAAGGUAGCGACCCUUGGUGAAACAAUUUCUUUUCCAAGAGUUAUGACUUUUGGCCCACAGCAUGGUUCACCAACAG